AUGAGGGCAAUCAGUAGCUUCGAGACAUCUUGCACGAUGAGAGUUCUGAUCUUGACCGCUGCCUUCUUGGCUUCUGCAUCCGCUGCACCUUCUGGUGCCAUUUUCGGUCCGAUUUCGCCUAUCAUUGCCUACUCUACGAUACCUAUUCCUGCUGCUGUACCCACAAUAUCACCAGGUGACUUACAAGCUGCAGCGAUAAAUGCAAAAGUUCAAGUUGAGCAGCAAGUUCAAGAUGCAGCCGACAAGGCGAGAGAAUUAGCUGAACAAGCAACAGAGAAACCAGAUGAGGGUAUAAUUGAAGCUAAUGAUUUAGCAAAGGAGCGGGCCGAAGAGGCGUUCUGGGCAGCAGAAGAACAGAAAUGGCAAGCUUUAGACGCUUUAAAAACCGCUGAAGCUCAGAUUGAUGGAACUAUAGCGAGCAGGGCCCCACCCACUACUGUUCAGGCUCAAACAGAAGUUUUGGGACAGUCUGUUGUAGCGGCAGAAACAAAAAGCAUCGCCCCUGAAGGAGUCAAAGUAGAGGAACCAAAGGAAAAACCUGAAGGUGAAGCAAUGGCUGCAGUCAAAUCUGUGCAAGCCGUAAGCAAACCUGAAAAUGCUGAAAAGCCCGUGGAGAACGUUCAAGCAGAAGCAGCUAAAAUGGAAUCGUCAGCAUCAGUGAAAACUGCAGAAGCAGUUAAAGAAGAAAAUCCAGGUGCUGUCUUUUUAGCCCAAGCUCACCCAGCACCUGUGGUGUCUAAUGCCUUCUUAGCACAACCCUGGCUGAAACAAGGAUUUGCACCAAUUUCCUACAUUCCUGGAUUACCAAGCUAUGUUCCAAAUCUCAUUCCAAAUUAUAACGGUCAUUUGGUAAACCCAGUUUUAAUUAGAGCUGCGUGGUAA